AUGACCCUGCCCCACUCUCCCGCUUUCCAUCACCUGCCCCAUUCUCCCGCUUUCCAUCAUCCCGCCAUAUUCUUCCUCUUUCCAUCACCCCACCCCAUUCUCCCGCUUUCCAUCACCCCGCCCCAUUCUCCUGCUUUCCAUCACCCCGCCCCAUUCUCCCGCUUUCCAUCACUCCGCCCCAUUCUCCCGCUUUCCAUCACCCCGCCCCAUUCUCCUGCUUUCCAUCACCCCGCCCCAUUCUCCCGCUUUCCAUCACCCCGCCCCAUUCUCCCGCUUUCCAUCACCCCGCCCCAUUCUCCCGCUUUCCAUCACCCCGCCCCAUUCUCCCGCUUUCCAUCACCCUGCCCCAUUCUCCCUCUUUCCAUCACCCCGCCCCAUUCUCCCUCUUUCCAUCACCCCGCCCCAUUCUCCCGCUUUCAAUCACCCCGCCCCGUUCUCCCACUUUCCAUCGCCCUGCCCCUUUCUCCCGCGUUCCAUCACCCCGCCCCAUUCUCCCGCUUUCCAUCACUCCGCCCCAUUCUCCCGCUUUCCAUCACCCCGCCCCAUUCUCCCGCUUUCCACCACCCUGCCCCAUUCUCCCGCUUUCCAUCACCCUGCCCCAUUCUCCCGCUUUCCAUCACCCCGCCCCAUUCUCCCGCUUUCCAUCACCCCGCCCCAUUCUCCCGCUUUCCAUCACCCCGCUCCAUUCUCCCGCUUUCCAUCACCCCGCCCCAUUCUCCCGCUUUCCACCACCCUGCCCCAUUCUCCCGCUUUCCAUCACCCCGCUCCAUUCUCCCGCUUUCCAUCACCCCGGCCCAUUCUCCCGUUUUGCAUCACCCCGCCCCAUUCUCCUGCUUUCCAUCACCCCGCCCCAUUCUCCCGCUUUCCAUCACCCCGCCCCAUUCUCCCGCUUUCCAUCACCCCGCCAUAUUCUUCCUCUUUCCAUCACCCCGCCCCAUUCUCCCGCUUUCCAUUACCCCGCCCCAUUCUCCCGCUUUCCAUCACCCCGCCCCAUUCUCUCGUUUUCCAUCACCCCGCCCCAUUCUCCCGCUUUCCAUCACCCCGCCCCAUUCUCCCGCUUUCCAUCACCCCGCCCCAUUCUCCCGCUUUCCAUCACCCCGCCCCAUUCUCCUGCUUUCCAUCACCCAGCCCCAUUCUUCCGCUUUCCAUCACCCCGCCCCAUUAACCCUCUUUCCAUCACCCCGCCCCAUUCUCCCUCUUUCCAUCACCGUGCCCCAUUCUUCCGCUUUUCAUCACCCCGCCCAAUUCUCCCUCUUUCCAUCACCCCGCCCCAUUCUUCCGCUUUUCAUCACCCCGCCCCAUUCUCCCUCUUUCCAUCACCCCGCCCCAUUCCCCCUCUUUCCAUCAGCCUGCCCCAUUCUCCCACUUUCCACCACCCUGCCCCAUUCUCCCGCUUUCCAUGACCCUGCCCCACUCUCCCGCUUUCCAUCACCUGCCCCAUUCUCCCGCUUUCCAUCAUCCCGCCAUAUUCUUCCUCUUUCCAUCACCCCACCCCAUUCUCCCGCUUUCCAUCACCCCGCCCCAUUCUCCUGCUUUCCAUCACCCCGCCCCAUUCUCCCGCUUUCCAUCACUCCGCCCCAUUCUCCCGCUUUCCAUCACCCCGCCCCAUUCUCCUGCUUUCCAUCACCCCGCCCCAUUCUCCCGCUUUCCAUCACCCCGCCCCAUUCUCCCGCUUUCCAUCACCCCGCCCCAUUCUCCCGCUUUCCAUCACCCCGCCCCAUUCUCCCGCUUUCCAUCACCCUGCCCCAUUCUCCCUCUUUCCAUCACCCCGCCCCAUUCUCCCUCUUUCCAUCACCCCGCCCCAUUCUCCCGCUUUCAAUCACCCCGCCCCGUUCUCCCACUUUCCAUCGCCCCGCCCCUUUCUCCCGCGUUCCAUCACCCCGCCCCAUUCUCCCACUUUCCAUCACUCCGCCCCAUUCUCCCGCUUUCCAUCACCCCGCCCCAUUCUCCCGCUUUCCACCACCCUGCCCCAUUCUCCCGCUUUCCAUCACCCUGCCCCAUUCUCCCGCUUUCCAUCACCCCGCCCCAUUCUCCCGCUUUCCAUCACCCCGCUCCAUUCUCCCGCUUUCCAUCACCCCGCCCCAUUCUCCCGCUUUCCACCACCCUGCCCCAUUCUCCCGCUUUCCAUCACCCCGCUCCAUUCUCCCGCUUUCCAUCACCCCGGCCCAUUCUUCCGUUUUCCAUCACCCCGCCCCAUUCUCCUGCUUUCCAUCACCCCGCCCCAUUCUCCCGCUUUCCAUCACCCUGCCCCAUUCUCCCGCUUUCCAUCACCCCGCCAUAUUCUUCCUCUUUCCAUCAUCCCGCCCCAUUCUCCCGCUUUCCAUCACCCCGCCCCAUUCUCCUGCUUUCCAUCACCCCGCCCCAUUCUCCCGCUUUCCAUCACCCCGCCCCAUUCUCCCGCUUUCCAUCACCCCGCCCCAUUCUCCCGCUUUCCAUCACCCCGCCCCAUUCUCCCGCUUUCCAUCACCCUGCCCCAUUCUCCCUCUUUCCAUCACCCCGCCCCAUUCUCCCUCUUUCCAUCACCCCGCCCCAUUCUCCCGCUUUCAAUCACCCCGCCCCGUUCUCCCACUUUCCAUCGCCCCGCCCCUUUCUCCCGCGUUCCAUCACCCCGCCCCAUUCUCCCACUUUCCAUCACUCCGCCCCAUUCUCCCGCUUUCCAUCACCCCGCCCCAUUCUCCCGCUUUCCACCACCCUGCCCCAUUCUCCCGCUUUCCAUCACCCUGCCCCAUUCUCCCGCUUUCCAUCACCCCGCCCCAUUCUCCCGCUUUCCAUCACCCCGCUCCAUUCUCCCGCUUUCCAUCACCCCGCCCCAUUCUCCCGCUUUCCACCACCCUGCCCCAUUCUCCCGCUUUCCAUCACCCCGCUCCAUUCUCCCGCUUUCCAUCACCCCGGCCCAUUCUUCCGUUUUCCAUCACCCCGCCCCAUUCUCCUGCUUUCCAUCACCCCGCCCCAUUCUCCCGCUUUCCAUCACCCUGCCCCAUUCUCCCGCUUUCCAUCACCCCGCCAUAUUCUUCCUCUUUCCAUCAUCCCGCCCCAUUCUCCCGCUUUCCAUCACCCCGCCCCAUUCUCCUGCUUUCCAUCACCCCGCCCCAUUCUCCCGCUUUCCAUCACCCCGCCCCAUUCUCCCGCUUUCCAUCACCGCGCCCCAUUCUCCCGCUUUCCAUCACCCUGCCCCAUUCUCCCGCUUUCCAUCACCCCGCCCCAUUCUCCCACUUUCCAUCACCCCGCCCCUUUCUCCCACGUUCCAUCACCCCGCCCCAUUCUCCCGCUUUCCAUCACUCCGCCCCAUUCUCCCGCUGUCCAUCACCCCGCCCCAUUCUCCCGCUUUCCACCACCCUGCCCCAUUCUCCCGCUUUCCAUCACCCUGCCCCAUUCUCCCGCUUUCCAUCACCCCGCCCCAUUCUCCCACUUUCCAUCACCCCGCCCCAUUCUCCCGCUUUCCAUCACCCCGCUCCAUUCUCCCGGCCCAUUCUCCCUAUUUCCAUCACCCUGCCCCAUUCUCCCCCUUUCCAUCACCCCGCCCCAUUCUCCCGCUUUCCAUCACCCCGCCCCAUUCUCCCGCUUUCCAUCAACCCGCCCCAUUCUCCCUCUUUCCAUCACCCCGCCCCAUUCUCCCUCUUUCCAUCACCCCGGCCCAUUCUCCCUCUUUCCAUCACCUUGCCCGUUCUCCCUCUUUCCAUCACCUCGCCCCAUUCUCCCUAUUUCCAUCACCCCGCCCCAUUCUUCCGCUUUCCAUCACCCCACCACAUUCUCCAGCUUUCCAUCACCCCUCCCCAUUCUCCCGCUUUCCAUCACCCCGCCCCAUUCUCCCACUUUCCAUCAUCCCGCCCCAUUCUCCCGCUUUCCAUCACCCCGCCCCAUUCUCCCGCUUUCCAUCACCCCGCCCCAUUCUUCCGCGUUCCAUCACCCUGCCCCAUUCUCCAGCUUUCCAACACCCGGCCCCAUUCUCCCGCUUUCCAUCACCCCGCCCCAUUCUCCCUCUUUGCAUCACCCCGCCCCAUUCUCCCUCUUUCCAUCACCCCGCCUCAUUCUCCCUUUUUCCAUCACCCCACCCCAUUCUCCCUAUUUCCAUCUCCCCGCCACAUUCUCCCGCUUUCCAUCACCCCGCCCCAUUCUCCCUCUUUCCAUCACCCCACCCCAUUCUCUCUCUUUCCAUCACCCCGCCCCAUUCUCCCUCUUUCCAUCACCCCGCCCCAUUCUUCCGCUUUCCAUCACCCCGCCCCAUUCUCCCGCUUUCCACCACCCUGCCCCAUUCUCCCGCUUUCCAUCACCCUGCCCCAUUCUCCCGCUUUCCAUCACCCCGCCCCAUUCUCCCACUUUCCAUCACCCCGCCCCAUUCUCCCGCUUUCCAUCACCCCGCUCCAUUCUGUUGGUGCAACCCUAUG